ACCUUGACAGUGGUGUAGUUUUCUGUGGGUAGGGAGGAGUCACUUCAGAUAGUUUGUUUAAUAGUGACAUCGAUUUAAUCAUUAUACGUUUUGGCAAUAUGUAUUCCUCUGUAUCACCAUAAUGUAGCUUUCUUGAAUGUUAUUGUGAAGGUUUAAUGAUCAGAUAGUGUAUUUUUUCGGUUGUAACUACAAGGAGCUUGACCCAACAGGAAGGCGGAACAAAAUCAGCCCGUGUGUUUCUGGAAAUACCUGAAGUCAGUCCUUGGCCCAGAUCCUGGUUGUUUAGUCUACACUUUGUCUCCCUCAUCUUCUCCGGUCAAUCACUCACUGCAGGCAUCCCAAACACCCACACCUCCACCUGUCUCCACUCACCCUCCUUCACAAUGUCCCUGGCUUUGAAACAGGUCUUCAACAAAGAUCGGACAUUUCGACCAAAGCGUAAGUUCGAACCGGGCACCCAACGCUUUGAGCUCCAUAAAAAAGCCCAGGCGUCUCUGAACGCCGGGUUGGAUCUGAAGCAGGCAGUGCAGCUCCCCCACGGCGAGGAUCUCAACGACUGGGUGGCUGUUCACGUGGUGGACUUCUUCAACCGGAUCAACCUCAUCUAUGGCACCAUCAGCGACUCGUGCACGGAUCAGACCUGCCCCGUGAUGUCCGGAGGGCCCAAAUAUGAGUAUCGCUGGCAGGAUGAGCAUAAAUACAAGAGGCCCACUGCUCUGCCCGCUCCGAAGUACAUGAGUCUGCUGAUGGAUUGGAUCGAGGUACAGAUCAACAACGAGAACAUCUUCCCCACAAAUGUCGGUACUCCCUUCCCUAAGAGCUUCAUGCAGGUGGCUAAGAAGAUUUUGUCCCGUCUGUUCCGGGUUUUCGUUCACGUUUAUAUCCACCACUUUGAUCGCGUGAGCCAGAUGGGCGCCGAGGCUCACGUCAACACCUGCUAUAAGCACUUCUUCUACUUCGUCACGGAGUUUCACCUCAUCGACAACAAGGAGCUGGAGCCUCUGAGAGAGAUGACUUCCCGGAUGUGCCACUGAAGGAGCACAGCGCCACCUCUGUCCGUCCACGGAGCAGCGAGAACAAAACGCAAAGAACAGAGUCUAUUUUUAUAUUUAAGUACUGUAAUCUAUUGUAGCAGCGUACGGUAGGCUUAACCCACUGUCUCUUUGGGCGCAUUCAUUUUCUUUUAAUGCAUUUUAUGCGCAGUAUUAUGAGCUGUAUGUUUGUGUUGGUGUUUUUGAUUUUAUCCCAUUCAAAGUCAUUCCAGGAUUCCGCUCUUUUUUUCCGAACAGAUCCCAAAAACUAGUAUAAUUUCUCACUUUACACUUUUGAAAAAGCCUGUUGUCUAUAUAUUCAACUAAAUCUGUACUUUCUUACUAUAAAACUGUAUUUUCAGAUGUUUUAAACUCAUUAAAAAUAUUGAUCCCAAAAUGGAAA